AUGGUACUCGGCAACGACUUAGAAGCCCGACUGCCUGCUUGCACACAAGCCGUCUGUGCAUAUCCACACCUCCCACCCACACCCGCUGCCACCCACCCACCAGCGCCAGAGCCUGCAGACACUGGCCAGACCGCAGCGAACCCACACAAAAACGAUGGCAGCGUCCCACCUCGCCGAGUUCCGCCUGCGAUCCGGAAGCCUCAACGUCCAACCCUCGUCGUCGUCGCCUUCGUCCCCUUCGCCGGUCGCCGCCGCCGCUGCCGCACACAAUCAGCACUAUGUGCCACCCACCCCUCUUGA